AUGACUCUAAUCUACAAAAAUACACCACCUCGAUUUGAUCGUUCCCCUCUCUCUCUCUCCGGGUUGCCAGUAAUGGCAGUGCAUAAGUGGCAGUGCAAGAAAAGGGGGACAACAUCAAUCGAAGCAGUAGUGGAUCAUAAUCAUCAUCAUAGCAACUGCGGUGCUUCAGCUUCUGCUAUGAUGCUUGAAGACAACAACGAUGGUAACAUUAACGAUGGAGGAGGCUUAGCCUUCAUCUCGUCGUCAUCAUGUUCUUCAUCUGUUAAGGCGAAGAUCAUGUCACAUCCUCAUUACCCUCGUCUGUUAUCAGCUUAUCUGAACUGUCAAAAGAUAGGAGCACCACCUGAAGUAGUUGAAAGAUUAGAAGAAGCCUGCCGAGCGUCCGUGAUGGCUGCGAUGUCUGCUAGUUCCGGCGGCUCUGGUGGCGGUUGUGCCGGCACUGGUGGUGGAGGUACGAGUACGACCUCUGUCGGACAAGAUCCGGCUCUCGAUCAGUUCAUGGAAGCUUACUGUGAGAUGCUAAUUAAAUAUGAACAAGAACUCUCAAAACCCUUCAAGGAAGCCAUGCUUUUUCUCUCAAGGAUCGAGACCCAGUUCAAGGCCAUCUCUUUUUCUCCUUCAGAUUCCGGUUGUGGUGAGGGAGGCAUGGAUAGGAAUGGAUCAUCUGAAGAAGAUCUGGAUGUGGAUGUAAGUAACAAUAUGGUUGAUCCUCAAGCUGAAGAGCGGGAGCUGAAAGGUCAGUUAUUGCGCAAGUACAGUGGGUACUUAGGAAGUUUGAAGCAGGAGUUCAUGAAGAAGAGAAAGAAAGGGAAGUUGCCCAAAGAAGCUCGUCAACAGUUGCUUGACUGGUGGACCAGACAUUACAAAUGGCCCUACCCUUCGGAAGCUCAGAAGUUGGCUUUAGCUGAAUCAACAGGGCUAGAUCAAAAGCAGAUAAACAACUGGUUCAUAAACCAACGGAAGCGUCACUGGAAACCAUCUGAGGAUAUGCAGUUUGUGGUAAUGGAUGCUGCUCAUCCUCACUAUUAUAUUGACAAUAUCUUUGGGAAUCCUUACCCCAUGGACGUGUCACUUCUCUAGAUGCAUAUAAUGAUGGAUAUCAUAAAAACUACUAUGAAGGAAUGGGAGUGUAUAUGAUCUCAUCUGAACGGUUUUGCAUGUUGCUGUUACCUAUUAUGCUUGUUAUUUAUGAUUCUACGUUUAUGUAAUAUAAAGACAGAAUCAGUAGUAAGCUAUAUAUAUAUAUGUGAUAUGUUUAAUUUAUCUAGGUUUCUUAUUUUCAUAAAUUAGAAAUGCUUUUUCCGUAGGGAAUAUGUUAGGUUUGGACAAAUGCAUAUGAUAUCACAUGGGAAAUUGUUUGAUGUGGCAUAGUGGCAGGAGUGGUAGGUAUCUAUCCUCUCCAUCAAGUGCCAUCAACUCAUCAAACAAUAAAUUAAACUGUAUUGGGUUUAGCUUGUAC